AUGGCGGCUACGGGCCAUUUCAGUCGAAACGACGAUGAAGUCAUUAUUGUCACACUGGUCUGUCGACCUCAUGACUCUCAAAUAUCCGCCUUCCCCAAACGUCAAUUUAUCCUCAGCAACGAGAACCCGUCUAUCCGAAUCGGCCGAGCAUCUAAGGUUCCUACAAAGGGUUUUGUUGCCUCUAUAGAUAACGCAUGGUUUGAUAGUCCUGUCAUGUCGCGGAAUCACGCAGAACUCGUCCUCGACCUUGACAGCAUCCCUAAGUCUGUGGUCAUCAAAGAUAUCGGAUCACUUCACGGCACUUUCCAUAUACCCCACGACGGAGUUGGGAAGGAGAUGAGGCUCGAACAACAGCGGCCUGUUAGGCUGUCAAACGGCGACUCCCUCCGUUUUGGAACCGACAUCUUCAGAGCCAAGGAAACAUUCCCGCCGUAUUCUGUCGAGUUUUAUAUGGUAGGACAAGAACAUGAGCCGUGUAGUCAGGAUGUACCGACUACCAAUCAAUCUCCCAACCGAACCUUUACUAUUCCAGAUGACGAUCUCGAUGAUGAAGACGAUGACGAUGAAAGCGUAGUCGAGACAUGUAUGCCGCCCUCGCGGAAUACCAACAUUCAACGUGGCCUAUCUAUUGAUCUUACCCAAGAUGAAGACGACUCGGAUGAGGACCAGCACGUUGCUUCCAACGCCACGGCCCCGAAUCACUUUAACUCGGAUGUUAUCGAUCUAACAUCGGAGCCUGAUGAACAUUCGGACCAUGAAAUCCAUGAUAGAUGUCCUAGCCACUCUUCCGCAUCUGCCACAAUAGAUGUACCAUCGAUCCCGGCACUAGUAACUGCGUUUGCUUCUUAUAACCAUGAGUUGCUAGCAGGUAUGGAGCAGUCUGAGAAACAUACGGCUCUUGAUGUUGAACCCGAUGCAUCCUCCGAACAUGAUUAUAGCUUCCCACACGACGAGGACAUGGGUAGCGAGGAUAUCCAUUUGACUGAUUCCGAAGAUGGCUCAAUUCUUAUCAGAGGGGACGACAUGAGUAGCAUGGACGAAGAUUCCGACGAUGACGACUCGCCUGCUUCUAUGUUUAACGAUGACGUGGUCCGAUCUGAUAGCUGGGGGAGUGAUAACGAAAGUAUCUUGCCAUACUCAGAGUCUGAUGAUGAUAGUUCCUCAUCAGACGAUGAGAUGAUGGAUCCAUUAUCCAACUCGAGCUCACGAGCGCCUAAUACCUUUGCCGAGUCGACCAAUACAGAGGACGUCUUUGUGGCUCCGUUCUUAUUUACCACCUCUACGCAACAAGGGGCAUCGGUUGUCCAACCGAGAGAACCAAGUCCAUCUGAUGCUGCUAUGUUCAAGAGCCAUCCCGUGCUUGACAGAACUGCAAGCAUUUCUAGGGCACAAGCUUUGGGAGAGAAAUCGGGCAAGCACGCAUUUUUCGCGGCUAGGGAGAGUAACCGAAUGAAUUUGGACUGGAAUUCUCCGCCGCCUGUGUCUGCUAUCCGAGAAACCUUGGCCGCCGAUGCUGAUACUGAUCAGCAUAUUACCGAUGUGGAAUCCGAUCAUGCCUCUCACACAGCUUUACCAGUGCCAUGGUCAGUAUCUGGGGAGCGAUUCCUCAACCAUCCUCGAAUUGAGGAGCUCCCUUCAAAUCCCGAACGGCCUCAGAGUCCUGAUUUCGAUAUGACCAGCGCAUAUACUUUUCAACUAAGCAAGAUUGCCAGUGAGACCAGCGCUGCUAGUCUUGCAAGUAAGCCCAGGCGCGUCGAGAUUCAAGAUCUACUUACGCAGGAACCAAACGGGGAUAACAAUACAAAUGAUGACCCCAUUACUCCGCACAUUUUCAGCACAGCAUCCUCUGCCCCACUGCCAACUAGUGAAUGCGUACCGGAACCUAACCUGAAGCGUUCCUUUGAUGAUGCCUUUAGCAAUGAUGAAGAUGUAAUUGGAUUGAAUGAAGAAUGUAUCUCUCGGGAGGACGACAAAUCUAAGUCCAUGUCGUCAAACAGGCGAACUCGGAAUGACGAAGUGACCAACGUUGAGUCAAAUGAGGCUACUGCCCCCGAGACCCCUGAACAAGACAGCAUCGAAGCUCAACCCGCUAUUAUUCCCGCGCGCCGAGACAACGUCCAGCCGUCGAAACGACGCCGCUUUGCCCAGGCAGCGGCCUAUGUUGCUCUUGGCGGUGCAGCUGCAUUCACUUACAUGGUCUCUACCGCGCCCGUCCUCUAA